UGCAUGACAAAUCGUCAGUGUUGCAUAUCACAUCAUCAAGCCUGUGUCGCGAGAUCAGACGAAUCAUGGCGACAAGCACCCAGUGUUCGGAAGGCUUUUCUCCUUUCAUCAAAAAUGUCACAAAUAUAAAAGGUGUUUUACUGGAUAUAACGGGUGUUUUAUAUAACAGUGCACAAGGCGGUGGCCAUGCGAUCGAAGGAUCAGUUGAAGCUGUGAAGAGAUUACGGAAAGCUGGUCUUCCGGUAAGAUUCUGCACAAACGAGACCCAGUGUACUACAAAGGCCAUCGUAGAAAAGCUACAAAGACUCGGAUUUGAGCUGACUGAGAGCGAGGUGUUUCCGCCAAUACCAGCCGUUUGCAGCUUGAUGAAAGCUAGGGCAUUAAGACCACACAUUUUAGCUCAUCCGGCCUCACUGUCGGAUUUCUCGGAGAUAGAUCAGACUAACCCUAACUGUGUUGUUGUUGGAGACGCCGCAGACAUGUUUACUUACCACAACCUGAACAAAGCAUUCAGAAUCCUUAUCUCCAUGGAGACACCUGUUUUGUUCUCAUUAGGUCAAGGGAAAUUUUACAGAGAAGACGACGAGCUAUCCUUGGAUGUCGGAGCUUUCGUGAAGGCGCUGGAGUAUGCAUGCGAUGUCCAAGCCGAAGUCGUUGGGAAACCGUCCAAAACAUUUUUUAAUACAGCGCUACAAGAUAUGAACGUCAGUCCAGAAAACGCUGUCAUGGUUGGUGAUGACAUCCUAAAUGAUGUUGGUGGGGCUCAGAAAUGUGGGAUGUACGGCAUUCAAGUCAGGACAGGAAAAUUUAGACCCCAGGACGAACAUCAUCCUCAGGUAACGCCCGAUGCUGUGGUGGACAAUUUGGCAGCUGCCGUGGACUUACUGCUGACACACAGAUGAGACUGGCUUAGCUUGAUUAGUGUUGUAUGUGGCAUUUGGCAACAUUGAGAACUUGAUCCAAAGAUGGCAUGAAGACAUGGUGGCCAUUGACAUUUUGAACCCGUUUACUAAUAAACUGUGCGAAAUUCUGCUAUGUCAUUGUCAAGAUCAUUUUCACCGGUUACGUGUGAUCAUAUGCCGCCUAUCACACCGUGAUCGCUGUUUUGGUUUUACUCUGUAUGCUAUACGUCUUUUAUUAUAUUAUGCUGUUGGUAAAUUUUACUGACCUUUCAUCUCAAACCAUCUAAUGUGUUUCGUUAUUUACAGACAUGAUAUAGCUAUUAACUUUUCACUAAAAUGCGCAUGUAAUUCUACAGUAAUUUGAUUGGAUGUAAGAUGAAAGUUGAUGAAAAUGUUAUACUUAAUGUGCCUCCUAAAAGUUUUGCCGAGGCACGUGGGUUUUCUCCGGGCAUUGCCGCGCUUCCACCCACCAUAAUAUACCGGCGGCCGUCGUAUGACCGAAUAGUCUAAAGUACGGCGUAAAUCUACCAAUCAAAAAAAUCAAAAGUCCUAAAAGUUUUACUACUUCGGAAAUGGAUAUAUCUGGAUUUUUCAUGCUCAGUAAACACAUGUGAGUGUAUAUAAAUUAAUGUACACAAAACUCUUUUCAGAGAAGAAACUUCAUAACGCAGUGUGCGUCUUGAUAUUCGUUUAAAAGACAAACAUAGCAUAACAAAGCAUUGAAAUAAAUUGUUAUCAAAAAUAAUAUUUGAGUUUGGUGCUGGAGAGAAUUUUCAUUAUCCACGAAAAUUAGCUGAAUUUGUUUAACUCUCUGAACGAUUUGUUUUGUGUAUUUAAUAUACUUGAAAUUCUCACCGCAAAGGUUAUUAAGUGAUCGGCAAAGUCUGUCCAGUUCAUAUUGGUUCAAAAGUGUAUUAGUUAAUACCAGUAUUAAGUCAUAUUAUACUAGUAUAUGUCCGGUUUUAACAAAACUCUACAACCCAUGCAGAGGCCAAAUGCUCAUAUUUAAUAUACUGUUACACAAUUAUUCUUGGGCCAAGUACAAAACGGAAGACUUGGCUUGAAGUAAAAUGUGGUAUUACAUUUUGAGGCAGUUUUGAACAACGGUGGGUCUACGGUUUUCAACAAGUUUUUACUUGGCAGCGUGGUGGAUGUAUUGGGGACAAUAGGUAGGUGUGCAUGAGGUCUCUUGGCUUCAUACCGUGACUUGGUUUACAUGUUUUCAUGCCGUUUAAAGACAGAAUGUGCACUUAAAUGAAAUCAGAUCUUGCUUGUCAACGCAGAUCUUGCUUGUCAAUGCAACUAUUGAAGUUCUAAACCGAAUUUCAUGAAAUCUGAUUGGUAGAUAUGUUGAUUUGUUCAUUUAUUUACUCUAUUGGUGUUUUUACGCAGCGCUUAAGAAUAUUUUACUUAUACGACGGCGGUCAGCAUUAUGAUGGGAGCAAAUAGGGCAGAGUCCGGGGGAAACUAACAACCAUCCUUAGCUUUCUGGCAGACCUUUCCACAAACGGCUGGAGAUGAAGCCAGCAUGAGCUAGACUUGAACUCACAGCGACCGCAUUGGUGUGGGGGUCAUUGCGCCGUGAUGGCGUGCUAACCCCCUCGGCCACGGAUUCCCCAGAUAUAUGAUGUGGUCUUAAACAAUGGUGGUUGAAAUCCCAAAAGCAAAAAAGAAAUUGAUAACUGGUGCGUGGCCACGAAAAUAUACCAUGUUAUAAUGUCUUGUUAAUUCAGAUACACGAAGAUAUAAUCAAUCUUAAAUCCUAGAAAUGCUUCGAUUCUUAGGCAAGAAUGAGUCAUUUCGUUUCGGGACUGUAGAUUUUCUAUGAAGUCAGUACGUAAUAGUGCACAAAAAUACAGACCCCGUUAAUCCUGGGAUAGAAGCUUGACAACCUAAAUAUACAUGUACCCUUCUACAUUUCCAUACUAAGAUCUAUAUAGAUGGUUUAUAUAUAGCUGCAGUGAAAACUAGUUUUUAUUUCAUGCGUCCGCUUUUAAUGUUAAAUACAACUAGGCAGUUCAUUUCAAAAUGUGCUGAACUGAGUUAAAAAAAGGCAGUGUAGUAUGCAUCUACUGCCAGUAUGUACCGCAUGGCCUUUUGUACUGGAAGAAGCCUAGUUGUAUUUCUCGUCGAAAAUGGUGUGCUAUUCAAAUGUCACAAUGCUACAUUUGCCUUAAGGAAGAACAUUUUCUUGGAAAGGUUCAUAUGCGGGGGAAACCGGGUUGAGCCCGGAAACUAAACCAAUACACCUCAUCGGGUGCAUGAUAAACCUCCUGAUGCAGGGGGAAGAGGAUUCAAACAAUUGGCUAAUCAAGAGUUAGUGCUGUGAUCUGAGGCUAUGUAGAAUGUUUGGUCAGAGAUUGCCUGGGCAGUAUGAGUAUGACCUUUCACACUGUUCUUGAAUAAGUUUUAACAGAUCAAUUGUCCUUGCACUGUUAACACGUUUCUAAAAUAGACUUUCCCAGUUCUGUUUUUUCUUCUUCUAAAAAUAUAUGUAGGUCAUAACUGAUGGUAACAUACAUUUUCUUUCAACGUCCACUGCAGCCCGCCCACAAAUCCUCUUUAUAUGUUUAGGUCUAUAAAACGCUCCUUUUGUUAAGCAAGCCAAGAACCAAUAUCGCUUUGAACAUCACAUUAUCAAUAAACAUCAGUGAU